AUGGAUUAUAAUUUAAAAAAGUUCCUACUACGUUUACCACAAGAAUCAAAUUUUGAAAUAAAUGAAAAUAUUAAAAAACAAAUUAGAAAACAAUUAUUUUUAUCAAUAACUAAAACAAAGUAUUUAGAUUGGUUAUUCCCAGAUGUUGAAAAUUUAAAUGAUAAACUAGAAAAUGAAUUUAAUUGGAAAUAUUCAAAUUAUUCAAAAUCUUUAGCUAUAAAAAGAGGUGUUCAAGAUACUCAUUCACAUAAUGCUUUCCAUCCUCAUCAACCAUGUUCAAGAAUUUUUCAUAAAGGAGAACCUAUAUUUAGGUGUUUAACUUGUUCAUACGAUGAAACUUGUGCUUUAUGUUCUCAUUGUUAUCAACCUUCUGAACAUGAAGGUCAUGAUGUUCAUAUUGGAAUUUGUUUAAGAGAAAAUGGUGGUGUAUGCGAUUGUGGAGAUCCUGAAGCUUGGGUCCGAGAUUUUAAAUGUCCAUACGCGUUAAAUGAAUUAAAUUUUCAAGAUCAAAUAUUACCUGAUGAAUUUUAUGAUUCAAUAUUAAAAACUAUAGGAAAUGCAUUAGAUUUUAUAAUUGAUGUUAUGAUUCAUAGUGAUUUACAUUUAGAUGAAAUUGAAGAAAUGAAUGUUGAAAAAGUUUUAGAUAAUACUAAAUUUAGUAGUCUUAACGCUCACAAAUAUGAUGAUUGUGGAUUUGAAGAUGAACAUAAUGAUAAAUAUUGUUUAAUAUUAUACAAUGAUCAAAUACGGCAUUAUAGAGAUGCAGUUCAAAGAGUUUAUUUAGCAAGUAAAAAAUUUAAAGAUUUUGCAAUUAUGAUUACUGAUCAAGUACAAACUUUUGGUAAAGCAGAAGUUAUAAUUUCGGGAGAUAUUAGUACAUUAUUGGAAAGACAAAAAUUACUUAGUUCGACGGGAUUAACAACUAGUAUUAGAAGUACUAGAGAUGUAUUUCGAGAAGAUAUGUGUCAUGAGAUGAUUGUUUGGUUAAAUGAGUUUACAGAAAGUGAAUUUUUUAAAAUUAAUACAACAGUAAAACAGUUAUUUGAUAGAGCAUUUUGUUCAAAAUGGAGAUGUGGAUUACAAAAUAAAGGUGAUUAUACUGAACAAUACAAUGUUGGUCAUCUACAACCAAACUUAAGUAUACCUCAAAUAUCAACCAAGCAUUAUGAUACUUUAUGGAUUGAUGAAGUACAUGAAAAUAUUCAUUGUAAUAAUUGUGGUGAAAAUGAUACAUUUGAGAUAGAUAUUCAUGGAUCACGACUACAAUAUAUGAUUUUUCUAGAUAUAAGAUUUUGGAAAGCAGCAAGGUCAUUGUUGCAUGAUAUGUAUUCUACUUCAUUAAUCACAAGUUUAAAAUACAAACAUAUAAUAUCAAGUCAAUAUAUCGAAAUUUAUGCGGUUGUUGCUGAUAUGUUUCUUUCAAUUGAUAGAGAGCCAGAAUUGAAUAUUAUGUCAAAACUUUCAACACAACUUUUCACAAGUCCAGGUAAUUCAAAAUCGAUUAUUCAUCAUGGAGAUUUUAUUUCCAUCUUAGCAUCAGUUCAUUCAUUUUUAACGAGCGAAAGAAUUCAAUUCAACGAUCAUUCAGUUCAUGAAAUGUCCUUAAAAAGUUUAAAAAACAGAAGAUGGGGUCAUUUAUUUUUUGAUAUAAGUUUCAUUAUAAGUAGGGGUAAAAAAUCAUAUGAUGUACUUGAUAAAGAGAGUGUUGCAGCAAUAUGUGAUGUUUUAGAUUUAUUUCAAGGUAGACCAGCAAUGAAAAGAGAGAAAACUAAUCACGUAGAAUAUGAAAGUCCUGAUUAUUCAACUUUUUUCCAUUCAAUACCCGUUAUAUAUAAGUUUGCUGAAAUGAGUGCAGAAACUGUUGAUUAUACGGAAAUGGAUAAUUUACAAAAACAAGAAAGAGCAUUGACUGCUAUUCAUUAUGUUUUAAACUACCUAAUAAAUUUAGAGGCUCACUCAAUUCCUGGUAUAAUUUAUGAAAAUACCGAUAUUCAUUCAAAUGGUGAUUUUCUACAAGAUCCAGUUACAAAGUUAACUAUAAAAAGUUCAAAAGUUUCUGAAGUUUCAGUUAGUUUUUUACAUCCUAUUCAUUCAUUUUUAAGUUGUUUAAUUGAAUACGCUAAAUUUACAAAUCUUGAUAGAUUAAAGAAAAUUUUCCAAGAAAUAAAUGCAAAGAAAUUUCCAGGAGUAAGUAUUGAGAGCUUAAUAUUUGAUUAUCCUAUAAAAACAAUAGUUUUGAUGUCUCAAAUAAAAGCUGGAUUUUGGGUGAGAAAUGGAUUUAAUGUUAAAUCACAAUUACAUUUGUAUAAAAACACUGGUUUGAGAGAUAAUGGAUUCAUUAGAGAUUAUUAUUUGAUUCAAAUUUUUCUUAGUAUUUGUAAACCAGAUUUUGCAACUUUUUUAAUACUUGAUAGAUGGUCGCUAGGACUGAAUUGGGAUUUACAUCAAGAGUCAAUAUAUGACGAAAAGACUUUACCGUAUAUGAUUGAGGAGUGUGUAAAUUUUUUCAUACAUGCUAUAUCAGAAGAUCUUCAUUUAAAAGGAAUGACUGAAUCUGAAGUUACAAAAGUUAAAGUGAAGAGGGAGAUAAUUCAUAAUUUAUGUUUUGGUCCGUUGGGUUACAAAAAAUUAAGUUCUCAAAUGCCAGAUAGGGUAAUUGCAGAUAAAAGAUUUGAUAUAAUUUUGAGUGAAAUGACAACUUAUAAAAAGCCUACAGGUGCUAGUGAUUCUGGAAUCUUCCAAUUAAAAGAAAAAUACAUGGACGAAGUUGAUCCUUAUUAUUUUAGUUAUACAGCUAAUACUAGAGAUGAUGCAUUAAAAUUUGUUAAAGACAGGAUCAGAGCAAAGACCGGUGAACCAUUAUCUGAAAUAAUCAUAAAACCUAAACAACCAGAUCCGGACAUAUUACCAAUAUAUAGAAAUAUUGGAAGUUUUGCAACAUCAAUACAUUUUAUUACAUUUGUUUUAAAGACAUUAAUUUAUGCUCAAUUGCAUGAACUUCAUGAGCAUGAAUGUCUAUUUGAAACUACUUUACAUUUAAUUCAUAUUUGUUGCGGUGCUGGACAAGAUGCAUUUUAUCGUCAUUUUAUGUCAUUUAAUUCAAACUACAAUACAUCUCUAAAUCAGCUUUUGUAUGGUUUUUUAAAAGAUGAAAAAUAUAAAUUAGGUCAUUGCAAGAUUCGUGCUAUAUACGCGGAUUUAAUCUUGAAGCAUUCCACAUUUAAAUCAGAUAUGCAUGAACUGAUCAACAAUUUGGAUUUUGAAUUUAUUAUGCUUAACAAUCAUAAAUCUGUUGCUAAUGAUGAAAUGGCCAAAAAAAGACUUAUCGCAAAAAAGAAACAAGAACAAUUGAUGGCUAAAUUCAAAAAACAACAAUCAAAAUUUUUGAAAAACAAUCAAAAUGAAUCAACUGAAGGUAGUGAUAUUGAAAUGGAAGAUUAUGAACUAAAAUCUGGGUGGAAAUUUCCAGAAGCUCAUUGUAUGUUAUGUCAAAAUGUCGGUGAAGAAUUAGGUCCAUUUGGAAUAAUAGCAUAUGUCGGACAAUCAACUACUUUCCGUAAUGUUCCAUUUAAUAAUGAUUAUUGGUUUUUAAAAGCAUUUUCAGAUCCUGCGAAUUUAAACACCAAUAGUUCAAAUGAUAAUGAAUAUAAAACCAAGAAAUGGGAAUAUUUUAUGAAUAAUAUCAAGGAUGAUUUUACUUUUGGACCUGGGUUUAACGCAGAUGAAGCAGUUGAAAGUAAAUUAGUAUCACUGAGUUGUGGUCAUGGGAUGCAUUUCCAAUGUUAUUUAAAUUAUAUGGAUAAUAAUAGAUCAAGACAAAAUCAAAUUACUAGAAAUGCACCAGAAAAUUCAAACCUGAAAGAUAUCUUGUGUCCAUUAUGUAAAUCAGCUAGCAAUAUUUUCAUUCCAGUGUUUAGCAAGUACAAUGAUAAGAGUUUGUUCAAUUAUUUAACACCAUCAAAUGAUAAUCCAUUCCAAGAUUUUAUAUUAAAUGAAGAAGUUUUAACAAAAUUGAAUAAAGAUCAAUUACUUCAAGACUCACCAACAAUUCAUGCCAAGGAUUAUGGUAAAGUAUUAAGAAAUUUUUCACAAACUAUUACAUCAAUUGCAUUUCCAAAGUUUUAUGAGCCAGACUCAUCAUUUAUUUUAUCAAAUUCAAUAAAAUCUUCAGAAAUUGCAUUAAGAGGUGUUUCAUCAAGAGGUUAUUUAGUUGUUGAACAACUCUCAAAUAAUACAUUAAUUAAUUUAAGAACUCUCAAUGAGUUCAGAUUAGCUAGUUUGAAACUAAAAUUUGAGAAGAUGCAAGAAGAAGAUGCUCAAGCUAAAGUAUUAUCAAAUGUACUACUAUUAUCAGGUGAUGUUAGUUCUACAAUUUUAGAAGCCGAUUUUUUUGAGUUGCUUGUUGAUAUGGUUCCAGUUCCAUCAUUAGGAUUUUCAUUUAAUGCAAUCUUAAAACGAAUUUUUGCUUGUCAUCUAAUUCAAUGUUUAAACAUAUUGGCUAAAGAAUUACAUCAUGAAUGGAGUUUUACAAUUCAAGAUAUACCAAAAUUACCAAAUAUUAAACCCGAGAUAUCACAUGCUGCCUCAGUUUGUUUCAAUUUGAUCAAUCCCAAACACAUUGAUGGAGAAAUCAUAUAUACAAUGUUGGUCAAAUCGGUAACCCCAUUCUUAAGAAGAGCCGCAAUAUAUGCAUUUGUUCAAUGUGCAAAUAUAGAAAAAAUCAACAUCAAAACUAGUAAAACGGAUUUAGAAGCUGAUUCAUUAUGUUCAUUCUUGAAUAUCCCCACAGUAUCACAAUUAUUACAAUUCUACAUGAAUUCACAAUUAUUUUAUAAUUUCGUUCAUAUGAACUACGAGGGAAUAACUGUUAAAAAACAAUUAGAAUAUCCUGGAAUUAUAAGAUUAAUCGAUUUACCAAAUAGAUUAGAUUUAUUUUUUUCCAAAUAUUAUUAUUCAGAUCGAUAUAAUAAUCCCCAUCAAUUUAUUGAAGAUCCAGCUAUAUGUUUAUUUUGUGCAAAAGUAGUUGACUUACAAAAACAAGCUAUUGGUUGUGAUGACGGUCAAUGUACUACUCACUACUUACGAGAAUGUACAAGUGAUGUUGGAAUGUUUCUUCUACCAAAAGAUAGAACAAUUUUGCUUUUACAUAAGAAUGGAGGUUCAUUUUAUAAUGCACCAUUUUUAGAUGAACAAGGAGCAUUAGCUGAUGAAAAUAAAAAGGGAAAAGCUUUACAUUUAAUGGAACCCCGAUAUGAUGAUUUUAUUAGAAAUGUUUGGUUACAACAUGAUAUUUCUAAUUAUAUUGCUAGAACAUUAGAUUCUUCUGCAGACGCUGGUGGUUGGAAUAGUUUAUAG